AUGGAAUCCUCUCUGGAUUUGGGGGACCAAAAAUUGGGAAUUUCUUACACCCAGGGGGCUGAAGCUCAUGGCUCUAAGGCAAUCACCAUGCUGAAAAAUGACUAUAUUGACUCCUCAGAACGUGCGCAUGCGCGUGCCUUUCCAAGUGGCUCGGAGUUGGGAACGGAAGUUCAUUUACUGAUCAGAGAGGGCCCUGAGGGGCCGCGCUGCUCCUUCUCCCGCAUUCACUGGGGUGUCUUGCUCUGCAAGUGCAGUUGCAGGCGGUUCGGGAGCGCAGCCCCAGACCUGCCGCCCGCCGCUUCUGUGCCUCUGCAUCUGCCACCGUGGGUCCCAAGUUCCAGUGACUUCUGUCCCCCCCUCUCCGCUCUGCUCCCCGUGUGUCCUGAAGAAAGGGGACCUGCUCCCGAGAUUUUCCACGGCAAAGUUAACAUGUUGACUGGAAGUGUAAUGUUACAGGUGAUGAUAGCAUUUGAAGACCUGGCUGUGUACUUUACCUGGGAGGAAUGGCAGAACAUGAACAAUGCUCAGAAAACCCUGUACAGAGAUGUGAUGCUGGAGACCUACAGCAGCCUCUUCUCCUUGGGGCACUGCAUUACCAAACCUGACUUAAUCUUCAAGUUGGAGCAAGGAGAAGAGCCAUGGAUGGUGGACAAAUGCUUGAAUCAGAGCCUUUCAGUGGUCAUGAAAAUGGAUGACCUGAUUAAGAUCAACCUGGAAAGUCAGGACAAAAAUCUGAAUCAGGAUUUUAUGAAAAAUAACAAGACAUCAGCUCACAAGAGAGUUGAAUUAAGAAAAACCCUUAGUUUAAAUUCAAGCCAUAUUCCAACAAUGAUUAUUAAAAAGGGAAUCUAUUCAGGAUUGAAUCCUGAGGAAUGCAAUAAAUGUCACACUGUGUAUCCCCACAGUGGGCCUGAUCAACUACAGGCUGGAGAGAAAUUUGAUAACACUAAGAUACCUGGAAAAUCUCUUCACUUCUGUGAGCCUCUUAGUCAGUAUGACAAUAUUCACAUCAUGAAGCAGCCAUUUGGACCCACUGGACAAGCAAAAGUCUUCACAAGAAAGAUGUUCUGUAAAUCUGAGAGGGUUCAUAUGGCAGAAAACUGUAAUAAAUCAACUGUCACUUUUGGAAAAACAACUCAAAUAGAAAAAGCUAUCCAUGAAAAUUCUAGCCUCAAUAUGCAUCAACAAACUCACACAAGAAAGAAAUUUUAUAAGUACAUUAAGUAUGUUGAACCUGUCAUUCACCAGUCACAUCUUACAAUAAAUCACAGACUAAAUACAAGGGAAAAACUUUACACAUGUAACCCUUGUGGAAAAUCACUCAGUAUUAAUUCACCUUAUGAAUGUAAUGACUCUGGAAAAGACUUUGGACAAAAGUCAGUCCUCAGGAAAUGUCAACAAAUUCACACAGGAGAGAAAUCACAUGAAUGUAGUGAUUGUGGAAAAGCCUUUACACAAAAGUCAUACCUCAUAAACCAUCAGCGAAUUCACACAGAGGAGAAACUUUAUAAAUGCCUUCAUUGUGGAAGAGGCUUUCUGUGGAUGUCAGCCCUCAUCAUACACCAGAGAAUUCACACAGGGGAGAAACCUCAUGAAUGUAAUGACUGUGGAAAAGCCUUUGGACGAAAGUCAGACCUCAUCAUACACCAGCGAAUUCACACAGGGGAGAAACCUCAUGAAUGUAAUGACUGUGGAAAAGCCUUUAGACGAAAGUCACACCUCAUCAUACACCAGCGAAUUCACACAGGGGAGAAACCUCAUGAAUGUAAUGACUGUGGAAAAGCCUUUGGACGAAAGUCAGACCUCAUCAUACACCAGCGAAUUCACACAGGGGAGAAACCUCAUGAAUGUAAUGACUGUGGAAAAGCCUUUGGAUGCAAGUCACACCUCAUGAAACAUCAGCAAAUUCACACAGGGGAGAAACCUCAUAAAUGUAAUGACUGUGGAAAAGCCUUUCGACAAAAGUCACACCUCAUAUACCAUCAGCAAAUUCACACAGGGGAGAAACCUCAUAAAUGUAAUGACUGUGGAAAAGCCUUUGGACAAAAGUCACGCCUCAUCAUACACCAGAGAAUUCACACAGGGCAGAAACCUCAUGAAUGUAAUGAUUGUGGAAAAGCCUUUGGAAAAAAGUCACACCUCAUAUACUAUCAGCAAAUUCACACAGGGGAGAAACCUCAUAAAUGUAAUGACUGUGGAAAAUCCUUUGGACGAAAGUCAGGCCUCAUCGUACACCAGCAAAUUCACACAGGGGAGAAACCUCAUAAAUGUAAUGACUGUGGAAAAGCCUUUGGACAAAAGUCAGGCCUCAUCAUACACCAGCGAAUUCACACAGGGGAGAAAACUCAUGAAUGUAAUGACUGUGGAAAAGCCUUUGGAUGCAAGUCAUACCUCAUGCAACAUCAGCGAAUUCACACAGGGGAGAAACCUCAUAAAUGUAAUGACUGUGGAAAAACAUUUGGACGAAAGUCAGGCCUCAUCGUACACCAGCAAAUUCACACAGGGGAGAAACCUCAUAAAUGUAAUGACUGUGGAAAAGCCUUUGCACAAAAGUCAGGCCUCAUCAUACACCAGCGAAUUCACACAGGGGAGAAACCUCAUAAAUGUAAUGACUGUGGAAAAGCAUUUGGACAAAAGUCAGACCUCAUCAAACACCAGCAAAUUCACACAGGACAGAAACCUCAUAAAUGUAAUGACUGUGGAAAAGCCUUUAGACAAAAGUCAUACCUCAUCAUACACCAGCGAAUUCACACAGGGCAGAAACCUCAUAAAUGAAAUGACUGUGGAAAAGCCUUUGGACACAAGUCAUACCUCAUAUUACACUAGAGAAUUCACACAGGGGAGAAACCUCAUAAAUAAUGAUUGUGGAAAAGCCUUUGGCCAUAAGUUAGGCCUCAUGAUACAUCAGCGAAAUCACACAGAGCAGAAACCUCAUGAAUGUAAUGACUAUGGAAAAGCCUUUGUAUGAAAGUCACACCUCAUAUCACACUGGAGAAUUCACACAGGGGAGAAAACCCAUGAAAGUAAUGACCAAGGGAAAGCCUCUGGAUAAAAGUCAAUCCUUUAGAAACAUCAGAGAAUUCACACAGGGAGGAAACCUCAUGAAUGUAAUGACUUUGGAAAAGCCUUUUGACAAAAGACAAAACUCAUCACAGCAGAGAAUUCACACAGGGUAGAAAACUCAUGAUUGUAAUAACUGUGGAAAGCAUUUAGCCAUAAGUCAACCUUCAUCAUGCAUCAGGGAAUUCACACAGGGCAGAAACCUUAUGAAUAUAAUGACUGGAAAAGCCUUUGGACAAAAGUCAAACCUCAUAAUGCACCAGAGAAUGCACACAAUGUUGAAACUUCAUGAAUGUAAUGACUGUGGAAAAACUUGAUUUUAACUUCCAACUCCAUAUGCAUCAGAAGAUUCACACAGGGAAAUAACCUUAUAAAUGUAAUGACUGUGUAAAAGCCUUUUUCUAUAAGUUAUAUCAAAACAGAAUUCACACAGGGCAGAAACCGUAUCAAUCUAAUGAGUGUGGAAAAGCCUUUAUAAAUCAUAUGUUGUAAAUCAUAGCUCAUAUCAUACCAGAGAAUUCACAUCGGAGAGAAACUUCAUGAAUGCAAUGACUGUAGAAAAGCCCUUGGCAAUAAGUCACAUCUCAGAAUGCAUCAGAAAAUUCACAUGAAAAGAAACCUUUUGGACAUAAUGACUUGGAAAGCUUUUUCCCAUAGUUCAGCCCUCAUUGCACAUCAUCUAAUUCAUAUGUGGGAAAACACUUUGUAUAUAAUGCAUAUGGAAAAGCCUUUAUCCAUAAGUAACACCCCAUAAAACAUCAGAAUUCACAUGGGGGAGAAACCAUAUGAAUGGAAUGAGUGUUGGAAAACUAUGCCAAUAUCACACAAUAUAACAUUGAGAAUUUAUUACAUGGUGGAAAUCUUGUAAUAAAUGUGGGAAAGCCUUUUGUCAGAAGGAAUACCUCAUAACACAUGUAGUUCAAACAAGGGAUAGAACUUAAGAAUAUAAUGAAUGUGAAGGACUUUUUCCAAAAUCAACAUAACCAUGUGACAGAGCCAUUUGCUGGAAAUUACAUCCCAUACAAUAGGUACUCCCAUAAGGAAGAAAGGUUGGGACCAGCGCUGUGGCACAGUAAGUUAAAGCCCUGGCCUGAAAUGCUGGCAUACCAUGUGGGCACUGGUUCUAGUCCCGGUUGCUCCUCUUCUGAUCCAGCUCUCUGCUAUAGCCUGGGAAAGCAGUAGAAGAUGGCCCUGCACCCAUGUGGGAGAUGCAGAAGAAGCUCCUGACUCCUGGCUUUGGAUUGUGGCAGCUCCAGCCAUUGCAUCCAUCCAGAGUUAGGAGUUAGGAGUCUCCACUCGGCUGCUUGCCUGAUGCAGACACAAGCUGGCACAGAUGUUAUGUAUGUCCAAAAUGGCUCCUGCUCUAUUAGGUUGCAUGUCUUUGUGAGGUGAUUGGAGAGAGAGAAACGUGUCUGUACUGUCCCUUUGUUUUCUCUCUCCUCUAGUUUGGCUGGCACACUUUCCCUUGGAUACUUAAGCCUCAUUUCCUCUAGUUUCCUGCCACAUUUUUGCCGGUGGCUCAGGCUACUGUGGUCUUGUCUCACCUCACUUUCCAGUUCUGGUGCAUAGGCUCUCAGCUGUUGGAGUCGUGAUCCGUGGGCACCAUGCCAUCCAUGUGGGUUCACUGCAUCCCUCUAAUAUCAGUAGAAUUCCCUCUGUCAUUUUUUACCUAACUCUUCCCUGAGACUACUCUAUUUCCACUUUUUAAAAACUAUUUUCUCCUGGGCUAGAGCAGUAAGCUCCCUCCCUACUCCACCAUCCAAUUAUUAGCCCAUCUCUAUAUGAUUAUGACUCUGUUUCUGCCAAAUUACUAAUUUAUAUACCAUAUAAUCAAAAUUAAAUGCCUUCCAUGGAGUGCAUAUUUAUUUUGUCAUUUACUACUGUCACCUGCAUGUGUAAUGAGUAACCUGAUUUGUAACAUUCCUAACACAGGGAAAUGAUGGGCCCCACGGUUUGAUUUAUAAUUGUGUGGUCAUCUACUCACUCUAAAUGCUGGAAGUUGUCCCAGCAACUGUCAUGUGUAUAGGAUUUGAGUACAUUGCAGUGCCAGCACCAUCAUGGUCAUCAGCAUAGGAUACAUUAUUAAUGUUUCUAGAUGCUCCUGGAACUUUAAAUUAUUUUCUGAUUGUGGAAAUUUUCCAAACUACAAGUCUAUAUCAUACUGUAAUUUUUCCAGUUUAUUCCAGACUGUUUUUUCACCAAAUAUUCAUCCACAUAUUUGUUUUUAAUUAUGGCUCACAUUAAAAUGACAUUGUUACUAAGGGCAAGACAAAGUUUUAACUUCCAUGUGCAUCAAUUUUCUAUAUUUUGUCUUUCAUUUUAUUAAUUUCAUCUGAGUAUGUCAAUAUCCACAUGGAAAGCAAUCUUAGCACUGCCAAUGUAUGAUGAUUCUUUUGGGCACUUAUAUUUUCAUGUCAUGAAUGCACUAAAUAAUGUUCAAGUUGUCUUAGCAAUCUCCAUCUUUAUGGCCUAUCAAAUAAUUUUAGAACAUUACAUUCUUUUACACUUUCAAGGACACUUUUUUAUAGCUUCUUUAUAUUUCGAGAAACAAAAUUGUCAUUCUCUUUAAAAUUUCCAUUCAUUAGAUCAAGACAAUUUUAUCUUGGUUUUAAAAUUACUGAAUUUAAUGGCAUAAACUUUCUUUGAUUUAAGAAAGCAUAGAUUUUCUGUAUUUAAAUGUGUAUUGAGGGCUACUUUUAUUAAUAUCUGUUACAUCUCCUUGUAACCUUAUUCCUGCUUCUACUAAAUUUACCAUUUGUACACACAACUAUCAAUAUAAAACAUAUAUUGAAAUGAAUACAUUUCUCUAUUUUUCAUGUUGAUUCAAAUUUAUUAUUACCACCUCAAUAAAUAAUAACCUAAUUUGUGCCAAUUCUAGUGCAGGGCACUUAAGGCUACCAUGAUUUACUUUAUCAUUGUAAGGCUAUCAAAUUCUGGCAGAUGUCCAAAUUUUAUUUUCACAGUAUAUCAGAACAAUUUAGGGCCAGUUCCAUCACUCAUUAGCAGGAGAUUUCAUUCUUAGCUUUAUAGACAUUCAUGGAACUUGAAAUUAACCUUUUAUUAUGAAAAUUUGUUAAUUUUUAAAUUCACUGGAGUCACUCUUUUGCACAAAUACUUUAGUCUAGACCAAUCCUAACCCUGUGAAUCUGUGGCCAUGGUGAUUUAAUUUUUAUUGUAAGAUCAUCAUCACCCCCAACAUUCUGUAAGUUGCCUUCUGGAAACUGUCAGGUACACAGUGUCUCAGGGCCAUUUUAGCCAAGGGUAAUAAUUCUUUCUCCUCAACGUAGUAUAUAUAUGAAUAUAUGUAACAUAUAUAACAUACAUAUAUUUUAUUCAUAGAUAAAUUUGCCACUGUGUUUCUAGAUACUAGUAUAUUUCCCGAAAAUUAUGUGGGAAAAUAGUGGGAUCUUAAUGUUAUUUUUAUCCCAGAAUUAUGUAUGUUUAUUUAAUUUUAGAGGCUGGUAGACUUGGAGAAACAGAGAAACAGACUUUAUGAGCUACAACUUGAUGGCUUACUCUUCAUUCUUGUAAUUUUCAGAAACUGGAUCAUUACAGAAAUCUGAGUAUUCUUUUCUGACGAUAAAUACAUUAUACAAAUUUCAA